GCUACCAUUGUAAACAACCAUCAACUUUUUCUCCUUUGUUGCAACAUUAACAUCUCACAAAUCUAGAGAUAGAAAGAGAAACGGGUUGAAGAUGAAGAUCACUGUCAUGUCUGCUGAUGAACAAAUUAUCACGUUGGAUGUGGAUCCCCACGAAUCUGUGGAAAACGUCAAAGCAUUGCUCGAAGUUGAGACAAGUGUGUCUCUUCAGCAACAGCAACUUCUGUUUAAUGGGAGUGAGGUGAGGAAUUCUGAGAAGUUGAGUGCCAUUGGUGUUAAGGAUGGCGAUUUGCUAAUGAUGGUAUCUGGUGCUGCUGCUUCUAGUGGAUCUACCAAUGAUUUGAGCUUAAAUGCUGAUGGUUCUGCUAUAAACCCUGGUGCUUUCCAGCAGCACAUUAGACGUGAUUCUAAUUUGAUGGGUCAGCUCUUUCAGAGUGAUCCAGAGUUGGCGCAAGCUAUUCUAGGGAAUGAUCUUAAUAGAUUGCAGGACAUUUUACGAAUGCGUCGAAAUGAAUCAAAGCGCCAGAAAGAAGAAGAGCUUGCUCUUCUUUAUGCUGAUCCUUUUGAUGUUGAAGCACAAAAGAAGAUUGAAGCUGCCAUCCGCCAGAAAGGAAUUGAUGAAAAUUGGGCAGCUGCACUAGAAUAUAAUCCUGAAGCUUUUGCUAGAGUGGUCAUGUUGUAUGUUGACAUGGAGGUCAAUGGUGUCCCGCUGAAGGCAUUUGUUGAUAGUGGAGCCCAGUCUACCAUAAUAUCCAAAAGCUGUGCUGAGCGUUGUGGAUUGUUGAGACUUUUAGAUCAGCGUUACAAAGGAAUUGCUCAUGGAGUUGGCCAGUCAGAAAUAUUAGGUCGAAUACAUGUAGCUUCAAUCAAGAUUGGGGAUAUAUUUUACCCUUGCUCAUUCUUAGUGCUAGAUUCUCCCAAUAUGGAGUUUCUCUUUGGGCUGGAUAUGCUCCGAAAGCACCAGUGUAUAAUUGAUUUAAAAGAAAAUGUCUUGCGAGUUGGUGGAGGAGAAGUUUCUGUGCCAUUUUUGCAAGAGAAAGACAUACCAUCUCGGUUUUUAGAUGAGGAAAAGUAUGCUAAGGAAGCUUCAAACUCAGGAGGCCCAGUUACAUCAGGGAGCAAUAUUCCAUCAAAAGGAGUCCAGUCUUCUGGAGGAGCUUCUGAUUCUCUGAUGAAGUCUUUAUGGUUGCAGGAGUCUGAUUUUGAAGCCAAAGUUGCAAAACUUGUUGAGUUGGGAUUUGGAAGAGAUGCAGUUAUACAAGCUCUUCAAUUGUUCAAUGGCAAUGAGGAACAGGCAGCUGGGUUUCUUUUUGGAGGCUGAAAAUAACAUUUCUUAUUGGAAAGGAUUAAUUGGAUUAGUUCAAAUGAUUUUUACUUUUAGCCAAUUUCUUUACAAAUUCUAAAAACAAAAUCAUAGACCUGAUGGCAUUUAUUGGGAAUUGUUCAUGUAAGGAAUGUUUUUCUUUAAUUGAUAAACCAAUUUAUAGUUACUCAAUGCUUAUUAUGUAAUCUUUA